AUGUUGCCCCCCUACAAUACCCAGCAAGCCUUUUUAAAGCGAUUGUUCCAUCCUUGGACCCUCAUCGACUGGCACCAGGCAGUGGUGGAGUUCGAAUAUGCGUUAUUGAAACCAAAAAAAUUAGCGCUAACAAGACUACAGAGGCUCCGAGUCAAAGGUCAUUUGGGUCAUGACGAUCCAGGCAUGUUUAUGCUGUUGGUAUACUUGAUAAUUUCGUCAGGACUUACCUACGGUCUGGCCGUGUAUGCAACACAUCGAAAUAUGAUUUCCUUCUUCUCGCUUCUCCAAGGCUUCAUGGUGUUUCCAGCGGCUGUGUUUGUGUUAGGUACAACUAUGUCUAGCGCCUCGCUCUUCCUGAUUUUAAAGAGAGUGAGUAAGGUGAGGAAAGGAUCUUUGACGGCGAAACUUGGCACACGCGUGUUUAAAAAAACAGGAGAUGGAUCUCUUCUUGCCUCUACCGGUCCCUCAACCUCCGCAGGCGCUGAUCAAGACCUUUUCCUAUACUGUUUUGAUUUAGUGUGCAACGCUCUCGUCCCUGCAUUAAUCGUCCUUUGCCCCCUCCAGUACCUACUACUACCUCUCGUCCUGGCCGGCCAUCCGGACAGCGGCCCCUUCAGCAAAUUUGCAUCCACUUUCGUUGCAAACCUUCUUCACGCCUCCGCAGCCAUCCUAUUCACCAACUCCAUAUCCAAGGGGCUCGCUAUCACGCCGCCACCCAUCAAUGCCGCAGCGGGGCUCGUGCUCCUUCCUCUGGCACUUUGGCUCCUUACAAUACUCAUUCUUACCAUACUACGAAUCAACCUUACCUCCAUCUUCUUUACCUACGCAUUUGGCUACUUAUUCAGAUCCGACCUGACCCAGGUCAAGACCAACCCUUGA